AUAUCAGUGACUUGCUACAAACGAAAGCCCAACUGAUUAUAAACAAACGGAAUAAUGCUAGAGAGAUUUGUAAAUACCUCCAUGCACUGAGAGAGAGAGAGAGAGAGAGAGAAUGGUGCUAUGGGAAAUCACACUGGGCACAGCGUAUUUCUUGGGGUUGAAGCGGACUUACAGGCUCGCUUUGAAGAUCCAACGUCGCCUUAUUACCCCUAAUCACCCCAAAAUCCGUCAAUUUGUUCACGGACGAACACGUGCCGUGUUUGAUGUGGCUGUCCAGGUUCACCAGAAUAUACAGCAGAGAGAUAUAGAAGUUGGUCGGAGUCUUGGAAACUGGAUCCUCCGCUGGCUCGACCAGAUAAAGCCAUCAGCUCAGAUCAGCGUUCCACCCAUGGGAAAACGCUUUUCAAACACAAGCAAUAUGACAAAACAUCUCACUUAUUCAUCUCUCCAGAAAACUCCUGGGAGAUUCCAAAGAUUCAGUCCAAGAAAUAUAUGGCCCAAGCCUUUUCCCACCAUUGCAACAAUCAUGAGGCCUGGAACUAGUAUCCAGUACAAGCGUCUGAGCCACAGAAGAGGUGCUUUUGAGGGAGUGAUCAGGAAGGAUAUUAUGCAAUGGAUGCUACAGAACUAGUGGUUUCAAAUUUUGGAGCAUAGAUACGAAUUUUCGUAUUUCAGAAGAUGGUGUAGACAUUCAUGCAGUGUGUUCUGGAAAGUGGAAAACUGUUGGUCUAGAUUUUGUGUUUGUUUCUUGCUUUGAUGGGUUUUUUUUUUUUUUUUUGCUGCAGCCAUCCAACAUAGUAACCCUGUUGAUGUUCAAAGUUUCUCUGGAUUUUGUACAUUCUACCAGGAACUUUAACUUAAUAAUAUGCAUCACUGUUACUUUUGUUUA